CCUGGGGGAGAAGGACUGCGGGGAACGGGAGCUUCCCAAAAGGAGCUGCGGGGAACGGGGACUGCCCGGGGGAACCGGGGCUGCCCGAGAGGAGAGGGGCUGCGGGAGCCGGGGCUGCCGCUGUGCGCGCACGGCCGCGCUCCGCGGAGAUGCUGAGGCGGGUCCGGUGCGGGGCCAGGGCGGCGGGCGGGCCCCGAGGGGCCGGGCCGGGACCCGCCUCUGCCCGCCGCCCCCGCCGCUCGCCCGGCCCCCGCGCCGGGGCUGGUGGCGGGGCAGCGGCCGGCGGAGACGCCGCGGGACCGGCGAGGGGACAGGGAGGAGCCGCGGGGAGCCGGGCACGGCACAGGACGGGCGGGAGGAGAGCGGCACCGCGGGGAGGGGACGGCAGGGGACACAGAGCGGGGACACGGAGAGCCGUGCAGUACUGAGAACCGAGGAGACACGGAGGGAGCGGCGGGGACACGCGGCUGCCGCACGGAACGCGUCGGUACGGGCUCUGCCCGCGCUCUGCCCGCUGUCGCUCCUCACCCUGCCCCAGGCUCGAUGCGGGCCGGCGCUGGCCAUGGAGAAGCUGUACCUGGCGGGGAGCAGCACCUGGAUCAUCAACAGCUCCCUGGGGAACGGCAGCCUCCGGCUGGAGAGCCCGAGCGCCGGCAGGAACAGCACCGCCGACCCCCUGAAGAGGAACGAGGACAUGGCCAAGGUGGAGGUGACAGUGCUGUGCCUCAUCCUGUUCCUCGCCCUGACCGGCAACCUGUGCGUGCUGCUGGCCAUCCACACCACCCGCCACAAGCACUCCCGCAUGUACUUCUUCAUGAAGCACCUGAGCAUCGCUGACCUGGUCGUGGCCAUCUUCCAGGUGCUGCCCCAGCUCAUCUGGGACAUCACCUUCAGGUUCUACGGGCCAGACUUCCUCUGCCGCUUGAUCAAGUACUUGCAGGUGGUGGGAAUGUUUGCUUCCACCUACAUGCUCCUGCUGAUGUCCCUGGACCGCUGCCUGGCCAUCUGCCAGCCCCUGAGGUCCCUGCACAGGAGAGCUGACCGGGUCUCUGUCCUGCUCACCUGGCUGCUGUGCCUGCUGGUCAGCAUCCCGCAGAUCCACAUAUUUUCCCUAAGGGAUGUGGGGAAUGGGGUGUACGACUGCUGGGCAGAUUUCAUCCAGCCCUGGGGACCGAAAGCCUACGUUACCUGGAUCACCCUCAUGGUCUAUAUCAUCCCUGUGUUGAUGCUGAGCAUCUGCUAUGGCUUAAUCAGCUUCAAAAUCUGGCAGAACGUGAAGCUGAAGACGGCUCACGGGCCCGGCGUGGGGCUGGGCUCGGGCUCCCGCGGCGGGAUGGUGUUUGCCAGGGUCAGCAGCACCAGGCUCAUCUCCAAAGCCAAGAUCCGGACAGUCAAAAUGACCUUUAUCAUCGUGCUGGCCUUCAUAGUGUGCUGGACUCCCUUCUUCUUCGUGCAGAUGUGGUCUGUGUGGGACAGCAACGCCCCGCAGGAAGCCUCGCCCUUCAUCAUCGCCAUGCUCCUGGCCAGCCUGAACAGCUGCUGCAACCCCUGGAUCUACAUGCUCUACACCGGGCACCUCUUCCACGACCUGAUGCGCCGCUUCCUCUGCUGCUCCGCGCGGUACCUGAAGGCGCGGCCGGCGUGCGAGCUCAGCAGGAAGAGCAACUCGUCCUCCUUCGUGCUCAGCUGCAGGGGCACCAGCCAGGGGAGCUUCGUGCAGCCGCCCAGCCCGUGAGGCCGGCCCGGUGCCCGUGCCGGGGGUGCGGAAAGCCGGCCGGACAGGGGCUGUGACCGGGGAUCCAUGGCUGCGGGCACCACACAGGGCUUGUUUAACCGGGACCGGGGGAGGAAUUCUGUGCCCAAGCCCCAGUGCUCCUGGGAUCAGA